AUGCUGUUCUGCUCUAUAUGCGGAGGCCCUCUUCGGCCGCCGACUCAAGUCGAUGGCACACAGUGGAGCGACGAGGUCAAAUGGCAGACCAAGGUCGUGCUACUCAGCGACCCCGUCAAGGAGUUUGAGAAGCUAGAGGAGCACUACCGGGCCGGCAAGCGCAAGAACAUUGAACAAGCGCACUUUGACAUCGACCAGGACAUACGACAAGAUGCCGCCACUGCUACUUGGUCCAACACUUGCACCGUGACGGGGAGCGGUGAGGAGUAUCCGCCCAACUGGCUAGCAGGCUUUGAUGAAUUCGGGCAAGCCUACCCAAUCCCAUACAGCAUCGCAGUGCAUGAGGCGUGUGUGGAAGUGGCCCUUGGAGUGAUGCGCAAGUCGCAGAACAAUGUUCGCGUGCGAUCUCUGCGAACACUUUGGAGGGUUUUGCGCACGCGGUACGAUGCUCGAGACAAUGAGUACAUGGGCACAGUCGAAUGGGCCGGUCCACAAUACAUUGUGAUGGAAAAUGGGUAUUACAUGCCCCUUGGAUUCGCAGACGACUUUUCAGUAUGGGAUGGCGAUGAUGCUCACUGGGUUGUUGCAGAUCCAUUGAAUAUCCCAUCUCUGACUUCUCAAAUCAUAGCAAAUACCGGAACACUACAACCGAGUUCAGUCAACCCAGGGGCCAAAGCUUUCAGCGAAUCAUUCUUGGCAUUGCCACAGGAGCUACAAGAUCGAAUCGUAUGGUUCAUGGGCUCCUUUGAGGGGCUAUCGCCCCGAUGUACUGGACUUUUACCUCAAGAGACGUGGCAACACAUACUCCUGGACGGUAGGUAUCUGCCAUUCCUAUGGGACCUUGAUGUCCCGGCCAUCGAAAAUUUCUGUUCAUCAUUGGCUGCCCGGAGCACAGAGAUCAACUGGGAACUGUUGGUGCGCAAACUGAGCAAAGGGGUGUGGACGAAUUGGAGGCAUCACGAGACCCUCGAAGCUGACUUGGAGCUAUUUUGCUACUCAAACAUGAACGUGCCAAAUGGACUGAGGAACCGCAGGAGGAUUUGGCAGUUGGUAGAGGAAAUGUACGUUGGUGAUGUGUUGCCGGUGCGUCGGAGCUGGGUCAAUUCGAAGCAGUUGCCGACCAUGCCUCUUUAUUGGGAUGAGUACGGCGAUGCGGCCUAUCCCGUGGUUAGGGUAACUGGCAUUCUCGAGGAAGCAUGA